CGACUGGAUGGGGGGGGGAUUGUUGGUCAUGUGACAGAGGACAGGCGUAAACUGUACGAGCGGAUGUGUUGCUGCAGUGAGGAUAUUAAUACAGGUAUUCAGGUUACAAAUGUCUGAUAGCAUUCAUGAGGACUUCCUUUCUCCUGAGGAGCCUUUUCCAAUGCUCUUGCAGCAGGGGAACCUCAGUGAAGAUGGCACAGUGGAUGUUAGUGACUUUGGCUAUCGACUGUCCUCUUGUCAUCGGACAGACCCUCUGCACCGCUUCCACAGCAACAGAUGGAACCUGACCUCUUGUGGCACUAGUGUGGCAAGUUCAGAGUGCAGUGAGGAGCUCUUUUCUUCUGUGUCAGUCGGAGACCAAGAUGACUGCUUCUCUCUCCUGGAUGAUCAGGAUCUCACAUCUUUUGACUUCUUCCCAGAAGGCAGCGUCUGCAGUGAUGUAUCAUCUUCAAUCAGCACAUACUGGGACUGGUCUGACAGUGAGUUUGAGUGGCAGUUACCAGGAAGUGAUAUUGCCAGCAGUAGUGAUGUCCUCUCUGACAUCAUACCCAGUAUACCAAGCUCACCUUGCCUUGUUUCAAAACGAAAGACCAAACCUAAUAGGAACUUAGAUGAACUUCCCUGGAGUGCCAUGACUAAUGAUGAACAGGUGGAGUAUAUUGAGUAUUUGAGCCGGAAAGUGAGUACAGAAAUGGGACUGAGGGAGCAACUUGACAUAAUCAAAAUAAUCGACCCGAGUGCUCAGAUAUCUCCAACAGACAGCGAAUUCAUCAUUGAGCUGAACUGCCUCACGGAUGAUAAACUAAAACAGGUAAGGAAUUACAUCAGAGAACACAAUCCACGCCAGAGACCCACAGGCAUGCGAGACAACUGGAAAAGGAGUGUCCCCAGCAGUGGCAGUGCUGUAAGUGUGCAAAGCAGCAGCAAUGUCAGCAUGGUUAGCAGCACCAGCAGCAGUGCAGGAUCAGUAAGCUCCAAUUCGUCCACAAGCAUUAGUUGUGCUCACAGCGAUGGCAACCUGGCCACUGUGGCUGAGCGCAUCCGAGAUUCCAAGAAACGCUCUAAGCAGAGAAAACUGCAGCAGAAGGCUCUGCGUAAAAGACAUCUGAAAGAACAGAGACAGGCUCGCAAGGAAAGACUGAGUGGUCUGUUUCUGAAUGAAGAGGUCCUGUCGCUUAAAGUCACUGAAGAGGAUGACCAUGGUGAUGACAUAGACAUCUUAAUGUGAUGAAAGCAUAUUAUUCAGUGCUCCCUCUAAUUCUUGUCAUUUAUUCCACCUCUGUCAUUAUUCUCUCACUUUUAAGUACAUUAACUACAAGUCAAGCAGAUAACAAACAAAACCUGAUAAAUAAAUAUUACUUGUAAGUAAUAAAAUGAAAUUGUCAAAAAUUCAAGUAGCACGCAGUUACUUGUUUAACUAGACCAAAAAUGUGUCUAUUAAUUUGUAUUACCCCAUGUCCAAAAAAUUACACUGUAAAAUGUAAAUAGAAACAGAGUGCAAUGAUUUGCAGAUCUCAUAAACCCAUAUUUAAAUCACAAUAGCACAAAGAAAAAAUGUGAAAUGUUUAAACUGAGGAAAUGUACCAUUUUACUGAAAAAUUAAAAGUCAAUCUGAAUUUGA